AUGCUGGUUUUCUCGGUGUCAAGGUUCGAACAAGUUUCGAUUGUUAGUUUUAAUUGGUUUCGAUUGGUGGUUUUGAAGAGGAUUGAAAAUGGAUUUCUCCAAUUCUGUGAGAAACAAAGGAUCUGGGGAAGGCGGCGUUCCGUUUCUGGAAGAUUCCUGAGGAAUCGAUACGGGUAUGGGCCAGAUAGGUUUACAAGGUUUCAGGACAUCGUGGUGAGUGAAAGGAAUGUUAUUUCCAAUAACAGUCUCUUGAAAUUUAAUGAGGUAACGUGGUCUCCAGGUGGUUUCAACAUGUGUCUAGGUGUCGUGUUUCAUGACGGUGGAAAAGUCCCUGAGGGAGUUCAUCCUGAACGUGUGCCUCGAGAAAUUGAUGGUCAGUGUCUUGGUGUCGUGUUUCAUGACGGUGGAAAAGUCCCUGAGGGAGUUCAUCCUGAACGUGUGCCUCGAGAAAUUGAUGAUCAGGUUGGUAACCCUGGUGAUAGUGCAAAUAAUCCAACAAUGUCCGCUGUUACAAGUGAUAACCAUCCACAACAUGCUAGAGUCGAAUCUGAUGUUGAUGAAAAUGCAAGGAAGAAGGCCCAUGUGGAAUGA